GACACGAGGCAGACAGGGAUGAGUUAGAGGAGCCAAAAACAGGUAGACAGGAGGCAGACCUGAAGGUGACUCAUUAUGUCAAGAGCGAGAUAGACUUUCCAACACAGAGUUUCUUGAUUGGUCAUUUUGUUCUUAUAUAUUCACCAUUUUACCCGUGGUCUUCACUGGUAUCUUCUUGAUUGGUCAUUUUGCUCUUAUAUAUUCACCAUUUUACCCGUGGUCUUCACUGGUAUCUUCAUUCUUUUCGUUUUUUUGGACUCUGUUUUUCUAACUUGGAGAACAGGGAUAAAGGAAGAGCGCUUUGAACCACAGCUCAUUUCAACAGGUAAACAGAAUUUGAAUUGUGAAGACAACAUAAGUGAACCUGGGAAUUGGAUAUUCAGAAAUCAAACAGAGGCAACCAGAAGGAACAGUAGAAUGGGAAGAUGAGACAUAAUCUCAACUGACACGGAAGCACCCCAACGUCACCAUGACAUCAACAACGAUGGACGCCCCUGCGCUCAAUGAUGACAUUAUUGUUGAAGGAGUACACCACCUCCUUAACUCCUUCUCUGUCAAUCCCUCGCUCCCUCCCUCCUGCAGCAUCGACGAGUCCUACAAGUACAUUUUCCUCCCUCUGUGCUACUCCUUCACCUUCCUCUUCUCAAUCUCCCUCAACUUUAUCAUUCUCUGGCGUUCCUUCAGACGCACCAAGCGUUGGAAUGCCUCCCUCAUCUACAUGGUCAACCUAGCCUCCACAGACUUCAUGUACGGGUUGUCACUCCCCUUCCUGGUGGCUAGCUAUGUGAUGCGUGACCAAUGGAUCUUUGGGGACUACAUGUGCCGCUUGGUCCGCUUUCUGUUCUAUUUCAACCUGUAUUGUUCUAUAUUCUUCCUGACGUGUAUAUCUGUCCAUCGCUACCUGGGGAUAUGUUACCCUAUGAGGACCAUCACACUGGAGACUAAGAGAGCGGUCAAGGGGACGUGUGUGUUGGUGUGGGGGGUCGUCUUCGCUCUUACGUGCCCCAUAUUCCGGUUUGCCCAAACGAGCCACGUGAUGAGAGGUGUAGGGGGCGAGGCUAUGGCGAUUACCAGUAAUAACACUGCCACCGUUAGUAGUAACGGUACUGGGGAGGUGGAAACAUAUCAGAACUGUUGGGACGAUGCCAUCGAUAAGGAGUUCCAAGACUAUGUUCCAUAUGGAAUCAUCCUACAUCUUCUAGGGUUCUUUCUCCCGUUCUCUAUCAUCGCCUGGUGCUACUCACAUGUGGUUCUGACAAUAUUCCGGACCCUGCGCUCCCAGCCCCAGUCACAGCGAGGCAGAGGAGAGGGUGGAGGAGGAGGUGGGGGACGUGGAGGAGGAAUGAGAGGGAAUGGAGCUGGAGUUGUAGGAGGAGGAAGACUUCAGGGAGGAGGAGAGGGGAUGUCGAUAGUUCUCGGCGCCCACUCUCCAUAUGCCCACCGACGGCGUAAAUCCAUCAAGACAAUCAUCACCAUCACACUCCUCUUUGCCCUCUGCUUCUUCCCAUUUCAUGUCACCAGGACUAUCUUCCUCAUCCUGAAAGUGAAGAAAGGUGUCCCGUGCCACACCAUGACGAUGGUAUCCAUGUGUUAUAAGAUCACCCGGCCCCUGGCUUCUUUCAAUGCCUGGCUCAACGCACUCCUCUACUUCCUCACCAAGGAGAAAGGGGGUGGCGCCCCCUGUUGCCCACCGCCAGACACUACUGCAGCCAACCAGCAUCAUGGGCUCCUCUGGCCGUUGAGGAAGCUGGGAAGAGCGGGAGACGAGGAGGAAGGGGGCGACAGGGGCGAGAAGGGGGGCAUGGCCAAUAACAAGGGUAACAACAAAGAGACUAAUAAAACGGCUGUACAUUUAUUCAGAGGGAUGACCAAAUCCAAGGUCCGAUAUACUGUGGAAUAAGUUCAAUUCAAUUCGAUAGACUUUAUUCAUCCCGAGGGGGAUCAAUGCUGGCAGGCAUAGGAUGAGUUGUUGUUGGUGGCGGAAGUCUUCUGCAUUACAUGGAUUUCAUUCAGAAGCAGGCCUUUGUGAACAGUAUAAAUGGUUGGGUGCAGAAUUCAGGAUGUGAAAAGGAACGGUUUGGAGACACAAAGGACAUUAGAUAUGAUCAUUAGAGAUGAUCAAAUGUUGAUGAGUAGAUCUGGAUGAGGAUUAUGAUACUGUACCAUAACAAAACAAUGAUGGACUCUGUUAUAUAGUUUUUUUGUAUGAAAAAAAAAAUUCUCCAUGAAUUUGUUGAGUUGAAGGAAGUUAUACCUCAGGAAAACAAAACUCAGAGACAGAUUUGGUAUCUGUUAUUGUAUCUUUUGAUGACGGCCCUUGAUGAGAACUGUAUUGGUCUAUUUCCUGUUCAUCUUGUGUCUGACAUUUUGGAAAUGUGUAAAAUAUGACUGGAU